GUUGGCUAGGAAGAAAGGCGUUCCAAUUCUGUGCAAGUGGUCCGGUUUCCGCGUCCUUCGAAAAUUCCUAUAAAUUGCCCCCUAAAACCACUCCUCCAAGCAAUUGCCCUAAAUAAUUUCCCUUCAUUCAUUCAUUCCUUCCCUCAACGGUUACAAUGAAUUCCCGCUCCGCUUCUCUUUUCCUCAUCCUUCUUCUCCCCCUCCUCUCCGCCGUCGUCGCUCGGAAGGGCGCUCUGCUCGGCGGCUGGAAGAAGAUCGACGACGUUAAUGAUCCGCACGUUCAAGAGAUCGCAAUGUUCGCGGUGACCGAGUACAACAAGCAAUCCAAAGGCGUAACGAUCGAAUUCAAGUCCGUCGUCAGCGGCGAAACGCAGGUCGUUUCUGGAAUCAACUACCGCCUCGUUAUCGACGCAAAGAGAGGCGAAUCGGUUGGCAAAUAUCGGGCGAUGGUCUGGGAGAAGCCAUGGGAGAAUUCCAAGAAACUUACGUCCUUCAAGCCUUUUGCCUAAUUUCACCAGUAAAAGCCCUAAUUUGCCUUCUUAUUGUGCUGUUUGUUGUGUCAGUAUUUGGUAAUUAGGUAAAAUAAAUUUGAAUUUCCUAGUAAUAAUUUCUGGAGAAAUCGUUUGUGGAUUCUGUUUGGUUAUCAGAUGGAUCUCUGUUUUCUUCGUAAUCAUAAUUAUUUCUGUUAGUUUGUAAUUUUAUAUUAAAAAUAUUUUGUUAUAAAGGUCUCAGAUACUAUUGGGAUUUCUUAUCUUCAUAAAA